AACAUCGUCUUCAUCAUGACCGACGAUCAAGACCGGCGCCUUGGCUCGACUGACUAUCAGUCUGUGCUGCAACGGGAACUGGUUGCCAAGGGCACUGAGUUUACGAACCAUUAUACCAAUCAAGCCUUGUGCUGUCCAAGUCGAUCGACACUCCUGCGUGGGCAAACCGUCCAUAACACCAACUUGACCAAUGUCGUGCAGCCUGGUGGUUCAUACAACAAGUGGGUCCUUUCAGGUCAGGACCAGAACUACCUGCCUCACUGGCUCAGUGCAGCCGGUUAUAGAACCGAAUACAUCGGCAAAAUCAUGAACGGCUAUGGCAUAUCCAACUACGACACCGUUGUGAAAGGCUGGAACUGGACAGAUGAUAGCCUGACAUACACUGAUACAUACAGAUGCAUCUUUUUCAAACUUGACGCUAACCUUUGCUGUUCAGGAGAGACGCCGGUGUUCUACGAGGGUUUCCACCAGAGUGAUGUAAUUCGCAUCAAGUCUUUGGAUCGACUAGAUUAUCUCACCAACCAGAGCCAGCCUUUCUUCCUUGCCAUAACUCCUUUUACUCCCCAUGUUGGAUAUCAGCAGAACAAGCCAUCACACAGACCGAUUCCUCUAAAGCGACACUUGGAGCUUUUCCCCGAUGCCAAAGCGCCGAGGACACCCAACUUCAACCCUUCUGAUGAGUACCAACUUACCAAAGGAGGAUGGGUUAAGGACCUUCUCUCCAUGAACACCUCUGCAGUCAACUUCGCCGAUUUUGUUUUCCGGUCUCGAGUGCAGGCUCUGGCUGGCAUUGACGAAAUCGUUGAGGAUGUUGUCGCCAAGCUUGAAGAAAAGGGAGUUAUCAACAAUACCUACAUCAUCUAUACCUCGGACAACGGCUAUCACCUUGGCCAACACCGCACCCCAGCCGGAAAGUCCCUCUUCUAUAAUGAAGAUACCAACAUCCCGCUCGUUGUGCGCGGCCCCAACGUCCCCGCAAACACCACCUCCAACAUCCCCGGUCUGCAUUUAGAUCUAGCCCCCACAUUUCUCGACAUCGCCGGCGUCCCCUCCUCAUCCUGGCCCGUUUUCUUCGACGGCCGCAGUCUCCUCCCGCAAUGGAACGAUCCCUCUUCCGCCUCCAGCGCCGGCAACGCGUCUGGCCAGGGCAACUCCAAAGAAAGCAUCAACAUCGAGUACUGGGGCAAUGCGGGGAUUGAAGCCCCCAGUGCGACUGCUCUAGGCUCGCCGUUUGUGAAUACCACAUACAAGACGAUUCGCAUGUUGGGUGAGCAGCAGAGCUGGGUGUACACCAAGUGGUGUUCCGGCGACGUGGAGCUGUACGAUACGGCGAAUGAUCCGUACGAAUUGACGAACCUAGUUGACUCAGCGAAUGCCACGCACACGCAGGUCAUCAACCGCUUGAACGCGCUCUUGAUGGUGACCAAGUCGUGCGAGCAGAACGCGUGUCGGGAUCCGUGGUCUUUACUGAAGCCAAAUAACGAGACGGUGAUUUCGUUGACGCAGGCGCUUGCCUCAGAAUACGAUGACUUCUUUGCCGACUUUGAGAAGGUUACUUUUGAAACUUGUUUGUCGGUCCAGUCGGUCGCGAAUGAGGGGCCGUAUUUC